GUGUGUGUGAGAGAGAGAGAGAGCUGUUGUGUCUGUGGAACGCACUGCGUGAGGGACGGUGUUAGGUUGAUAGGGGGCCAAGCUAGUGGGCUAAUCGGGGAAAGCAUAAUCACCAUCUUUCCUAGCGGCUUUAAUAAUAUUGUAUUUCCAUAUAAAGAUUAUGCGAAAGCCGCCGACCCUGCUCGAGCUGCCUUGGUUCCUACUUCGCUUUGUCGGCACCAGAGCUUGCUAGCUAGCGGACUAUUUACACUACGGAUGCUAUUCCAGCAGCGGAGAAGAAGGGGACAUGAAUAAGCAAGAGGGAGGAUGGGUUCUCGUUUUCCUGACGGCUAGCUAGCCUUAGAGCUUCUCAGAAAACAAGGACAUACUGAAGGCACAGCAUUAUUAGAUUAUUUAGUACCUCUGUCUGACGGAGUUUUGUUCGUAAAAUGGUUUAAAGUACUUCUUCAAAUGGGGGUUCGGCCGUCAAGCACCCUCUCUGGGUUGUUGUUCGGCACACGGAGUUCGAUUGUGGGAAAUAGCUAGCUAGGUGGCUAGCUAUCCUGCUAGUCUCAAUAACCAAAUGCUGCUGCUGCUACCGUGCAGAUCCGAGCGAGAACACCAGCGACUGGAGACCUGGGCCCUGACGCUGCGCGACCUCCUUUUGCUUUAUCGGAGGAAGAUUCGGGGCGAAAAGAUGGUCGUUUGAGAUGUGAUUUUUUUUCUCCGUUUGUAGCCAUAUGUAAGCAGAAUGAAGGUUUGUUGAUUUGCUGUUGCUGCCAUGUCCAAAGGAAUAAUGACAGGCUGAACCUCAAAACCAGUUGAAUCUCAUUUGAAAGGGGUGAGGUGGACUGAUAACUAUCUAACGUAAACAUAUAUCUAAAAACGGUAUCUCUGAGGUUUAAACUCCUUGGUCUUACCUGGAACUCUAAACCACGUCUUUCAUAUCUGCUCAUUUAAAGCGCACAGACUUGUCUGCAAAUAUGGAUAAAUUAACAAUUAUAUCAGGAUGUCUGUUUCUGGCAGCGGAUAUCUUUGCGAUCGCAAGCAUUGCAAACCCCGACUGGAUCAACACAGGCGAAUCUGCAGGUGCCCUGACGGUAGGCCUGGUGCGGCAGUGCCAGACCAUCCACGGUCGAGACCGCACCUGUAUCCCCCCGCGGCUUCCCCCCGAGUGGGUCACCACGCUCUUCUUCAUCAUCCUGGGUAUCAUCUCCCUCACGGUGACCUGUGGCCUGCUGGUGGCAUCCCACUGGCGCCGCGAGGCCACCAAAUACGCCCGCUGGAUUGCCUUCACCGGGAUGAUCCUGUUCUGUAUGGCGGCGCUCAUCUUCCCCAUCGGUUUCUACAUCAACGAGGUGGGUGGCCAGCCAUACAAGCUGCCCAACAACACGGUGGUGGGCUCCUCCUACGUCCUCUUUGUCCUCUCCAUCUUCUUCACCAUAGUGGGACUGCUGUUCGCAGGCAAGGUGUGCCUGCCCGGCUGACUGCGGCUACCGCUCUGCCACCUGGAAUUUAAGCUGGGGCUGAGGAAAAACAUACAAAGGAGAUAAAUAAAAUGGAGGAGAAGAAAAAUGGACGACUGAAAAGAAAAACACUGGCCAGAAAGCAGGGAUGGGAUGUCUCUGACGGACGGUGUGACGAUAUGCAGCUGGGACGGUUAACGCGGAGUAACAAACUAACUGAGAUGAAUAGACACGGACGAAUAUGGACGCUGUCGAACUGACUCAGGCUUUUUUUCCCUCUCUGCCUUUGCUUAUUUAAAACAUGUCAUUUUUACAUUGUUGUUGUUGCACUUUGGAGAGCGAUGCGGGAGACACACGUCCGGUCCAUGGGGGGGGUGAAUAGGGGUGGGGAGGGGUUCUUUCCCCAAACCCCCUGCCGUUGUCAUGGCGACAGUAACUAUGACGUCACACCUUUCGGAGGAUCUCCACUUCACCCUUCGUGCCCAGCGAGAAAACAAACCGUUGUCAUCUCAACCGUUCCUGUUGCUAUUUUUGGCUUCUUACACUAUUUCAGUUGUUUUGGAUUCUUCCAUUUAGUGUUUUUUGGGUUGUUGCUUUCUCCUUUCCCCCUUUUUCACUGAGGUGGUUUGAGGGGAAGUUUGGGCCAACAAACCUCUGGAGGAGCUGUAAGGGUAUAUUAAGAGGCUGCUGAUGGGGUCAUUGUCUCUCUGCCUCCCCAUGUGUGGCCUGGGACAAGAGUCACUUCAGCCAUGGUUAGGCAGUAACUAGGGAGGGGGCUAUUUGGGGUAGAGGGGGAAGGUUGGUUGAGAUGACAUCCUAGGUGGCAUCCUAGCUUGCUGGGCAUGAGCAAGUCCCCUUUGGAAGAGGUAGGGUGGACUGCUACAUUGGCCUUUCCAUCUUCACCCUAACCUUAACCCCAGCACCAUGACCCAUAUAAUCCAGGGGAUUUAGACAGGUGCGCUGUUCCAGAGAGGGGAGGGUAGGACCCCAGGCCCUGACGACCAAGGUUCCUUAAUUGGCCAGGCACCACACAGUAAGUCAAGCACCUACCAGCUGCUCUACAGGAAAGGAAAAAGGGAAUGAAGACUGAGAGCACCUGGAUUAUUAUGAAACAUGGAUGGGAUCAGGCAGGAGUGAUGUUUUGCUUUGUAAAAUAGUAAUAAAAAAGCAUCAGGCACUGCAGGUCAGGUCGUUGUGGGGCUGUGCCUCACUACUUACUGUGCUGUGCCCGAUGCCUGUGAAACACACGCACACACACAUUAACAGAUGCACAAAAGACUUGCACACAAACACACACACACGUGUUUCGGGCUCAAUCUCUAAGUCAUGGUGAAGUAUUUGUUGUCCAUUUCCAUUCCUGCUCAGCUUUUCUUUGUGUUGGUCUGUAUAAUAUGGAUUGUGAAGAAGCCCUUUCUGGUUCCUAGUUUGAUUUGUUGUUGUGCCAUGAUCAGAAUUUCUGUUUUAGGAAGCACUGUGCAUUCAACGGUAUAGCUAAUAGCAGAAGAGGCACCACAAAUGUAUAAAACAAUAACUUCUUACCUCAUUUUUUUCUUAUUCAAACUACUACUAUUAUGUUUUCCAAACCAUGACGAUGAGUUCCCUAGAAAUUGUAUUGUCUUGAUCAGGCGGCUAGGCAUAAAGCUUGUGAUCAACGCAAAUGAUUUAUCUUUCACUGAAUAAAAAGAGAAAAAAGACGGAUGUGUUUGAGUCUGACACAAUCACUCUACAUACUGUAUAAUGUUUAUUCUGUUUCAACAUGUUAGUGUUCAGCUGCAGGCCUCGAGGGUGGUUUGUAAUUUAUCAACUAGUGUCUGACUGGCUAGGGAGUAGCCAAUCACACCGGUCUUUGAAAAAAAGGCAAUGACAAAAACCAGGGCGACGUUCAGUAGGAGAAAACAUUUGAAACAGGGAGGUUAUGUAAAACGUAUAUAUACAAUAAUCCAGAGGACUUCUUUAUUUUACCACAAAAACUUUUAAUUUGGGGGGGUUCAGUUAUAUAUUUUUCAGUUUCUUAUGGGAUAAUCUGUAGAACAAUGUGCCAUCUCCAAAUGGUCUUCCCAUCUGAACGUUUUAAGACAUUGCACUUUUUUCAACACAAACCUAUGUAGAAGACAGGGGCAACCAAGGUGCAUCUCAGUUGAAGGGCUAUAUGUUUUCAGUCAGCCUGUAAAGUGCUUAUUGUUCAUCUGGAAAUGAGCACCAGUGAAGUUAGUGAAGAACAAAACGUACAGUACCCUCCCAACCACGCCACUAUUGAUUCAAGUUGUUUCUUUGAAGACUUUAACAGUGCUUGCCAUAUUCACCUUUGAAUUGACUUAAUCUCUGGUUAAGUUUUACAGUCAAACCUAUGAGUGACCUUUCAUUCGUGUUCAUACUGCAUUCAUGAUUCUGUUAAAUGUGGAUUUUGUUCAGAAGUCUGUGUGCUCAGUGUCCAGCCAAGAAUGGACAAAGAUUUACAUAAUGCAACUGAUUAAAUUUUUCCUUCCAUCAUUUACAAACACUAAUUAUUUACAGUGCAAAAAGGAAUGAUGUAUCCACAGCAAAAUGCUAAUCUGAUUAUAUGGAAGUGCACGUUGACUGUUUGGGUAAGUGAUUAGCAAGACACUAGUCACUAACAUCUGACUGUAUAGAAUAAAAGGCACCAACUAUGCAAAUAAAGACAUGAGCUCUACAGGGGUAAUAGUCAAGGCUCCUCUUCCAUCUAAUUACAGCAUCUUGUCUGUCAACCAUCUUGAAACUAAUCAAUGCCUGUGAUGUGAUCCAUACUCAAUUAAAUCCAAAAGAAAGGAAAUAAAGGGCCACAUUUACCAAUCACUUCCACCAGUCCAAAGUUUGCACCAGUUCUUUUCUGAGAGAAAGAAAUUAAUAUUUUAAAAUGAAGUUAAACCAUGAAAAUGUCUUUAGUAACACCUGCUUCACUCUCCUUGGAUAACAACAGAUGGAGCGAACUUCAUACCAGAGCAAAACAUUUAGGUGGCACCCUAUUCCCUAUCAAAUGGCACCCUCUUCCCUGAUCUGUUGGUAUAUAGUGAAUAGUGGGCCAUUUUAUAAUGAGGAAUGCCCCAAAUCUGGUUGUUUGGAUAAAGAGAGCUGGUUCUUAUUUGGGUAUUAGGUGAAGUCUGCCAUUUUGCCAUUCAAAUGAAUUUACCAGCUAGAUUGACCCCCUAGAGUCUAUGUCCGUGCCCCUGUGGAAAUGUAAUUAGCAUAAUAAACAAAUCCCCAUCAAAAUCUGUCUAAGAUGAAGCAUUUGCGGUGGAAGUUGGCCGAGCUACACCGGUGUUUGUCAGACAAUGACACAUCCCGGUCUUCUCACGAAAAUGUCUGUAGUGUCCAAAUGGUUUGGCCUCCAAACUAAUAGAGCCCCACAGUGGAGGUGUCAUAAUACCCGUAAAACCUAGCGGUCAAACAAGGAAAUGGUUCCAAUCAUUUUUCCCAAAUUAAUUUUUCCUAUAGGGAAUGUUAGAAACACUUAAAUAAGGGCUGGGUUUCUUGUAGGCUUACCCUGGCGUGACGUUUUGAUAACCGUGUAAAUCUCUCUCUUACAAGGUAACUUUUAUCAAUAUAUUUACUCUCAGAUUCGAAAAUGCUAAUUAGCAUCAAAGUAGACACCAUACAAGACUACAAAUCCCUGCAAGCUCCUGCGCGUCAUCUUUAGCUGACACUUUUGCUAACAGGUAUACUGUCAAAGAAAUGUAACCAAUUUAUUCAUUACUAAAUUUAUCUAACAUUAGAUAGUUAAUCUAGAGAUUCUUACCUUUGCCUUGAUUUGGCAGUUUUGUCCAGAUCAUCAUGGCAUUUGUAGUUAUUUGACAGCCAAAUUAGCAGCUAAUUAGCAUUUCAUUUUUGUGGGGGUGAGGGGGGGUAAAUACAGGCGAAUAUAUUGAUAAAAGUCACCUUGUCCUAGAGAGAUUUACACGGUUAUCAAAAUGUCACGCCAGGGUAAGCCUAUACGAAACAGCCCUUAUUUUAAGUGUUUCUAAAAUCUCCAAGGGGCAAAAUGAAUGGUAGAUAAACGAUUGCAACCAUUUCCUUGUUUGACUGCUAGGUUUUAUGGGUAUUAUGACUCAUACUGUGGUACUCUAUAUGACCACUCUAUGGAAAGAUGAGACUCUCACGAUGGUGUUUUCCGUUUUGUGUUCUCUACGACCCCCACAAUCGUCACGGGACUCGUCAGAAGUCGGUACCGCCAAUCUGCCAACUUCUGUCUGUAGCGUCCAAACAGUUUUGGCUACACACUAACAUGACCCCUCUAUGGAAAGUUGAGACUCUCACGAACACGGAGAGGUGAGAAUCUCAUAAACAGGUCGGUUGUUUUGCUCUAUGACCCUCACAAGACGCAUCUGAGGGGAGCCCGGUACCAGUUAAAAGUUUAGUGCCCCCAAAAAAAGGUUAAAUAUGGGCUUAAACUCUUAAGGAUUAAAUUCAGUCAACCAGAGACAGGAAGCUUUUCCUGACCAUGUGACCUGACCAGUAACAACUCUUGGCCUAGUCUACACUCUUAGCAAAAAGGGUUCUUUGUCUGUCAACAUAAGAUAACCCUUUUUUGGUUCCAGGUAGAACCUUUUUGAGUUCCAUGUAGAACCCUCUGUGGAAAGGGUUCUACCUGUAACAUAAUGGGUUCUACCUGGAACCAAAAAUGGUUAUUCAAAGGGUUCUCCUAUGGGAACAGCCGAAGAACCCUUUUAGGUUCUAGAUAGCACCUUUUUUUCUAAGAGUGUAUAGCCUAGUAUAUAAUUUAGGUUCAGAGGUUUUCCAGGUGACAUCACGUGAUCCCGAAAAAAUUCCAGACCCUAAUUCUGUUAUGGAGUGAUCUGAUAUGGUUGCCUUGAGACUAGACCAUGACUUUGUUGCAGAACAGCUUUACAUGCAUAGAGAACAGCAGCCACAUCUCUUCCUCCUCAAUGGUGACUCAUCUACAUACAGUACGUGUCUAAUCUGUUUAUCUGCUCUGUCUGAGCACACACUCUUUCUACCCAUUCCCUCACCAUCUGAGGUUCUUCCCCUCUCUUUGUGUUCUGCUCUGCUCUGUUGGUACAAUGUUGUUGUUUUUCUCAGUAGCUUGAGCUAAAUGACAGCUGAAAGCCUUCACAGAGCCAUAGUGUAUGUGUGUGCACAUGCAUGCAUCUGCGCAUGUGCGGGUACCUUAUGUAUGUCUGUGUGGGUGUGUGUGUAUGUUUGAGUGACAGGUUAUGAGGUUUGAGGAUGAGUCUCCCAGCCUAGAAUUACAUGGGCUUCCCUCUGGGCCCUGGCUGAUGAGCCCGGGCUGAUGAGCCCUGGCUGAUGAGCCCUGGCUGAUGAGCCCUGGCUGAUGAGCCCUGGCUGAUGAGCCCUGGGAUGAGCCCUGGCUGAUGAGCCCUGACAGAUCUGAGAGAAGUGUGGGUGUGCUGGCUGGAUUCAAACAGUCAGAGGCUCUCUCUGGUCCCUUAGCUCGUCUGUGACUAACCAAUCCAUUCAUUUGCCACCAUAAAAAUAGAAAGCCAUUUUCUCUUCUAGGAAUUCUAUUUCUAUGUUUGCCACAUUCUCGUGCUUGGAAUGAGUCAUUGGUAAAACAGUUUGCAGAGGAGAUCUAUAUUCACGCUGAAACCAUUUUAAAACAGUUUUAUAUCAUUAAAACCGGCGGGAGAAAUGUAUAGAGUGUUUGAGACCAUUCUCGAAUGCAAAUUAGUUAUCAAUUAAGAAUAUUUGUUUGUAGUUAACGUUAAUUAAGAUGAAUCAGUUGCGAACUUGACUAAAAGCAUCAUGGUCAUGUGAUGAUGAAUUGAACAAAGAGCUAAUCUUAAAUUGACCACUCAAUCGCAAUUAAGAGCUCAAUUAAUUAAGCUUGAUUCAUUGAGAGCUCAGAAUGUAAUCAAAUUGAAACCCUGCAAUCAGAUUGGCCUGAAGCAACACCAUGCAGACAUAAUAAUGAUGGGUCCUUUUUCAUAUUGAUGAAUAUAAAGCCUAUUUUUCUCCACAUAAUGUUACAUUUUAAGUAGGAGCACAACCUGAUCAUAUUAGGAUACCCAAUCACCAAGAACAUGUUAUGGAUCUAUUUUCAAAAUCUGUCCGUGACCCCACUCUCUGAGUGUCUCAGGGAGAGUGGUAGAUACAAAAACACAUUUCCAAUUCACACAUGCGUAUUAAUACACGCUUGUAUUGGUGUGAAAUAGGACAAAUAUCAGCACCCAUCAAAUUAUUAUUAUAAAUCUGUAUAAUUUAUACAGAGCUAAGAGAAUUGUGGAAGAAUAGCUGACUUCUAUGAUGAGUGAUGAUUCAUUCUACUGAUGAAAUGUUCAGAGGGCCAUAUCAAGUACACAGUCCCUAUAUAUUUUCUGUUGUCUUUACUUAUACCAACACAGAUUCACACACACACACACACACACACACACACACACACACACACACACACACACACACACACACACACGCACCCUAUAGGCCUAUAUCAGUCAAAAUGGUACAUUGCUUUGAUGAUGGAAACAACCGGCAUCUUGUCUGUAUAGAUUUAUUAGCAGACCACAUUGAGGUUAUCAAGGAGAGAGCUGUUCACUGUACAAACAACUGACUCCUCAAUGGGACUAAAAUGAAGAGUCUUUAGCGAUGAAGCACACUCAAGUCGAUGUCGAUUUUGAACAUUAUUUGGUAUUUCUCUGCCGGAAAUGCUGGGGAAUUAUUGUAAUAAUCACCAAUGUAUGUUUUUUUGUGGUGUAUGUCUGGGAAGAUAUCACAGGUUAUAAUUGUUUAUAUAUUUUGGGAUUUUAACUUUUCAGAAUGUGUUUUUAUUUGUAUUCUUCUGUUGAUUUGUGGUUUAUGAACAAGGAACCCCUUUUCAUCACCUGUACUUAUGUUAUUGAGCAAAUGUACCAAAAUAAAAUCCACUGCUUAAGGA